UGACGUUUAAAUUUUGAGGUUAUGUCAUGUGUUGUUGCUGUUGUCCCGGAGUGUUUUACUGAGUUUUAUGAAAUGUUAAUUUAAUAUCGGCAAAAUGGGUGUUAAAACGUUCAGUGACCAUAAUGCCGAACCCAAAUAUAACUUUCAUAGAAAGGCUGGCAGAAGUAUAAUUGAACGCCGUCCUCUUUUCUCACCGGAUGGAGAGUCUUUAGCAAUCAUAGUAGAAAAUAUAGUACGGGUGUACAACAUCCAAACCGGAGACAUUGUGCGAACACUUGAAACAGAAACUUCUGUAAAUGAAUUAGUAGGCAUUCAAUUCCCAGCAGAUGAAGACUAUAAUUUAUACUCGUGCUCGGAUUGCGGCUGUGUCACCACCUGGACGUGGGAGAAUGGAGCAGUGCUCAGGGAAACUAAACUAGAGCUUCCUAGUGGAACUAAAGUACUUACAUUUGACUUGUUAGAUAGCAAAGAAUGCUUCAUCACUGCUAUUGGUGGUUCAUAUAGAAAACUUCUUUACCUUGGAACAUACUCCGUGAAGACUGGUGAACUUAUUUAUGAAUAUAAAGAGACAAAAGCUAAUUACAAUGACAUACUCAGGGUUUCUCUGGGCUGGUGCCAAGGAGACCGGUUUGCAGCGAUUGCUAAUGGGACUAAAUGUCUGUUCAUACAAAAUCUCAGUCAGCCUCACAUUCAUUCAGAAAUAUUGAAUCACAACAAAUUCAGAAUAUUAGCAGUGGCAGCUCAUAGUACAGAGAAUGCAGUUGCCAUAGUGGACACAAUUGGUAGAGUCACAGUCAUUAGAGGCAAUUUAUAUGAUCACACGAAAAUUGCAAGAGAAGUAAUGCACUGGCACUUCUUGCCUCCACUGGCAGUGUGUUUCUCCAAACAAGGAUCUUAUCUCUAUACGGGUGGAAUGGAAAAAGUACUUGUUAAAUGGACAAUUGGAAAUUUGAUAAAUAAAGCCAAUGAGAAAAUGUUCAUUCCUCGAUUGCCAGGGAUGGUGAGAUACAUAGCUGUAAACGACACUCAUGCAGCCAUUACUCUCACAAAUAAUUCUGUGGUAAUAGCAAGCGUACAAAUGCGCGUAGUGUCGACAAUCUUAGAAUGCGGCGGGCUGUCACCAUUUGCACGAGCCAUAGGCACAUCCCUAUUGUACCACAGAUCUCUAGGCGCCCUACUGAUGGGAGGUCGCACUGGCCACUUGCAACUUUUGUCCACGACUACUGACAAAGUCCUGUAUAAUGUAGACAUAACAAUGAUGAAUAGCAUACCACCAGCAAGGCGAAACCUACUGCCUCUUGAGACAGAAGUGACUUGCGCAGCCAUAAGCGGUGACGGAAAGUGGCUGGUCACCUCCGAAUAUAGGAACGACGGCCUCAUGUACCCAGAAGAGAUGUUGAAAUUCUGGCACAUCCAAAAAAACAAUCCUACUUCACCAUUCAAACUGAAUACAUGCGUCAAUCUAUCCCAUGGCGGCUGCAAUGUGGUUUCGUUAGCUCUUAACAAAAGUGGGGAUUUUUGUAUAUCAGCUGGCACUGAUCAGAAAUUCCGCAUAUGGAAAAAAGAAACUCAAGGGAAGGCUUCGUGGAGCUGCCAAACCGCUUGUUACUAUUCGUCCGGUAUCGCUCAGUUCCUCGCGAGUAAUGUUCUCAACAGUUUCAAAAAUGGAGAAGAAUACACCCCAGGGGAAAUUGUACAGUUCCCUUAUCUAACGGAAAAUUCUAAAAACGAUGUAAUAAAGAAACUUUACAAUAUGCACAAAGAGCAGUCUUUGUUUGACGCGGAACUGUUCGAUUCCAACGUGAAGAAGAAUGGAGAUUUCGAUAUGGGAGGCGUAGCGAUUUCUCAAGAUGGUUCGUUAAUUGCGGCGUGGUUUGGGUGCAAGUUGACUCUGUGGGACACACACCUUUGUAGUUUGCGAACUACUUUGUCUCAUCCUGCGCUUCGGCCGAAAGGCGUUCACGUGCUAUUUGGAAACCAAGACGCUGCCCAUUAUUUGGUGUGCACAACUGAAAAGUGCCUAGCCGUAUGGAGUUUACUUUCAUUAACUGUGAAAUGGUUGGUUCAACUGAACCCUACAUAUCUUGCUGCAGAUCCAUUCUCCAACAAAAUGGCAAUAACAACGUCCAGUAACGACAUUUACGUAUUCACACCACACAAUUCUAAGCCGAUUCUAUCAAGAAAAAGCUUGUUAAAUCCAAAAACUGGUGUGUUCAAGUUGUGUACAUUCGGAGCCACAUCAAUUCAUAACAUUACACUUUAUGUUAUGAGAAAUGACUCUGAAGUGUACUGCCUCGAGCCUGAGGACAAGGAAGAGAGCCGUCUCGAAGUGAUGACGCGUCGCAGCCUACCCGCAUCGACCUUCAGCACGCUGCUGGCCGAACAACAGCUGUCCGACGUGCGAGCGGCCGCGCCCGUCGACUCGCAACCCUUGGAUCUUAACACAGGACACGAGGCUCUGUCCCAGCUUCUGAUAGCAUCACCGCACAUGUGCCCACCAGUAAGCUUGCUGUGCACUUCGUUCUUACAAAGCCUGUCCGGCCAAGAACAACCAGAGGAAUCUACGGAGGAUCAAGACGAGAAAAUGGACGUGGAGUCAAACUCAAGUGACGACGAAGACGCGCCCAAACUUAACGGACCAUACGCCCCUAAAGUCACGCAAUUGUGGACACCAAAUUAUGAGGGUGUGAAAGAGAAGAGACUAAAAAAAAUCGUGAAAGAACCAUUUUUAGAUUUACACACGACAGAAGCCAUGUUCGGCGUUUAAUCUUUACAAUGGUCUGUAAAUAACUUCACGGAUCAUUUAAUAGGCUACUUGGGUGAACACCUUACAUUGACUGUAGAGGUUGAAUCAAGAGCAUCGAAAAUAGAGCUUAAGUUCUUCAUUAAAUGUAUCCCGAGAUUUGAUGUUUAUCUAGCUGAAUAUUUGAAGGAAACCUCAUUUUUCAACAAAGAAUAUGUUAUGUUGAGCUCAUUAUUUAAGCAUUUUAUUAAAGGUUCACAAAAAUGGCGGCCAUCUCUUUUUCUCGUCAAAGAAAAUCUCUUCGUAUUUGAAGACGUCACUCAGCUUGGUUACAAAAUGCCUCACAAUCGCGAUACAUUUACGUUAGAACAAGUCAUAGCCUGUGUUGAAACUAUUGCUAUAUUUCACGCACAGUGCUAUGUAUACGAAGAGAAGAAAAGUAAGGAACUGAGAAGACCCUAUAGAAUUUGGGAAGACUAUUGUGAUUAUCUUCAAGAACCAGCCAAAGGGAAGUGUUGGCGAAACGCUGGUAGAGACGCUGUGAUCGAAUUUUUGAAGGUAUAUUCUAAGUAUAAAGAAUAUCCAAACUUUCUCCAAAACAUUGAAGAGGCAAUAACAAAAGUGUUUGAAAAGGCAUCCUCUCUUAUGCGCCCUCAUCCUGUCUACAGGAAUGUCGUUGUCCACCGAGACUUGUGGACUAACAACAUUCUCUUCAAAAACACAGAUCAUGGCAAAUGUCACGCGCUAAUUGUAGACUUCCAAACGGUGUUGUAUGCCCCACCAAUGAUCGACCUGUCUUCAUUCAUAUACUUUACUACUACGAGGAAUUUUCGGGAAAAAUACCUGACGGACAUCAUAGACCUGUAUUACAGUACUUUGUCUAAAGAAUUGAACGAAUUUUCCAUAGAUGUUGAUAAAAUAGUGGAUCGCGACUCAUUAGAGAAGUGUUAUGAGGAAAAUGUUGCUUUUGGAAUAACACAAGCUGCAAUAAUCGUACCUAUAACAGUCAUGGACUCAAGAAUGAGAGAGAAAAUCUUCAGUGAUCCUGAAACGGCGUACCGCGUCAACGAGGUGUCGCGAAGUUCCGAGAUUCUUGAAAUGGCGAAAACUGAUGAAGUUUACCUCACACGCGUGUCUGAAUUAUUAGAUGAGAUAGUUGAACGAUACAUGUUUGAUACUAAAACAAACUGUAAUUAUAUUUCUAGUGUGAAUAAUGCCUGAUAACACGUGUAAAUAAAGUAAAUAGUUACUAGCUUA